UACUAUUUAUUUAGAGGAUUGUUAAAUAAAAAAGCAUAAACAAUGGCUAUGGAGGGCGACAAAGAAAAUAUUAUUCAAGCCGUAGUAAUUAUGGAUGAAUUUAACAACAAUUUCAAUCCGAUUACUAAUGAAAAACCUUUGGGCUUGUUGCCUCUCGCCGGUGUGCCACUUGUAGAUUAUGUCUUGGAAUCUCUUGCUGCUGGUGGAGUUGGUGAAGUCAUAUUAUUUACUUGCCAAGAACCAGCCAAAAUCAGAGACCAUAUAAAGAACUGUAAAAAUGAAAAGGUCCCUUGGACAUUUUCAAUGGAAGUACAAAUUUUAUCAUCUGAAACAUGUCAAACAAGAGGUGAUGUUAUGCGAGAAAUCGAUGCCGCUGGCCUGAUAAGAGGUUACUUUAUUAUGUUGGGAGUCAACACUAUCACAAAUGUAAAUUUUGCUGCUUUAUUGGAGCAACAUAAACAAACAUGUAAAAAGGACAAAGGGGCCGCAAUGACUCUGGUAUAUAAGGAGCUUGCAUGGGACCAUCCCCUUAUUAGCAAUGACAAGUCUAUAUUUGUAGCAGCUGAUGGUAAAUCUAAAAAGAUUCUUUUGUAUCAGAAGUACAAACCAAAAUGCAAAGAUUCAACAAUUUCAUUGCCAUUGGAUUGUGUUUUACAACAUUCUGAGAUAAAAUUGCAUCAUAAUUUACUUGAUGCUAGUAUUGCAGUAUGUUCACCAUCUGUCCCCCCUCUAUUCUCUGAUAAUUUUGAUUUCCAAAAUAGACAUGAUUUUAUCAAUGGUUUGCUCAUCAAUGAGGAUAUUUUGGCCAGCACUAUGUAUUACACUCUUUUAAAAGGCAAUCAAUAUGCAGCUGCAGUAACUAAUUGGAAAACAUAUCAUAUUAUUUGUAUGGAUGUUAUUCAUCGUUGGGCCCAUCCUCUGUCAAUUGAGACUGGAUCUUUUUAUCAAAAUCAGUAUGCCUUCAUGGGCAAGCAUAAUUAUAUAAAGACUAAUUGUGUGCUAAGCAGGUCUUGCACACUGGUAGAAGAUGUGAUAAUUGGAUCUGAUACUCAUACAAGUGACAUGUCAUCACUUUCCAAAACAGUAAUUGGAGACAAGAGUAACAUAGGAAAGAAUGUGACUAUACAUGGAAGUCACAUUAUGAAUAAUGUUGUUAUUAAAGAUAAUUGUAAAAUCAUGAACAGUUUUAUUGAUGACAAUUGUGUGAUAGAAGAAAAUAGCAUCCUUGAAGGUGCUAUCAUUGCUGCAGGUGCAAAAGUCAAUAGAGGCAGCAAAUUAAAGGGUUCAAUUAUUGAGAAGUUGGAUAAGGAUAAGAAUGAAAAAAUAUCAAAAUCAACCUCAGAAAGUGGUACAGAAUGGGAGAAUGAGUCAUCAGGUGAUGGUGAUGAUGAACAAGUUGGGUUUGAGAAACAAUGGAGUGAUAGUGAAUCAUGUUACUCAUCAGAUUCCAGUGCACAAUCUACAUUGCCCAAUUCUCCAGUACCAGAUGACACAAACAUUUUCCUACAAGAAGUGGUUGACAGUCUUGCUAGAGGUUAUGAAGAAAAACUUAAAUGUGACUAUCUAAUUCUGGAGAUCAAUUCAUCAAGAUAUGCUUAUAAUAUCCAAUUACAUGAGGUGAACUUCUUUGUUGUGAGAGCAUUACUAAGUUUGCCCAUUUUAAUGGAAAGCAAAAAUGUCCUUGUAACAGUUAAGGAUAUACUGAAAUUUUUCCAUCCUGUUUUGGCCAAUUAUAUCAAGACCAAGUCUGCUAUUAUGGAUUGCUUGAAAGCUGUUGAGGAUAGCUGUAUUAAAAAUGAGUGGCUCAAUGGUAAAGCAGGCCAGGUGUUACAUCUUCUGUAUGAUGCUGAUGUAAUUGACGAGGACUCUUUAUUAGAGUGGUAUGAAGAUUUGAAGGAGGAUGAAAGUGAAAUUGUCAAUCAGACGUCACUAGUUAAAUUCUUUGAGUGGCUUCAAGAGGCCAGUGAGGAGAGUGAAGAAUCUGACUAAAAUAUAUUCCAAGUACAAUUUUUGUAUGUAAAUACAGUCAAAAUGUAAAUAAAAACUUAAGCAAU